CACAAGGAGAAGUAGAAGAUGGUGAAUCUCACAGAGAACUCAACUGAGAAGUGCAAUAUUAAUCAUGAUAUCCACGAGACAUUAUCCCCUGUGGUAUACAUAUUUGUAUUUAUAGUAGGCUUGCCGGCUAACUGCCUGUCCCUGUACUACGGGUAUUUGCAGAUCAAAGCUAAGAAUGAACUGGGUAUCUACCUUUGCAAUUUGACUCUAGCAGACCUGCUCUACAUAUUUUCUUUGCCUUUUUGGCUUCAGUAUGCUUUACAGCAUGACAAUUGGACCUACGAUGAGCUGCUGUGCAAAAUCUGUGGCAUUAUCCUGUAUGAGAACAUCUAUAUCAGCGUGGGCUUCCUCUGCUGCAUCUCCAUUGACCGCUAUCUCGCCGUCGUGCACCCCUUUCGGUUUCAGCAGUUUCGGACAAUGAAGGCAGCUGCAGUUGUGAGCAUCAUUAUCUGGACCAAAGAAAUAAUGACGUGCUGCUUUGUCUUCACACACGGGGAGAUCAGUAUGGAUGCUGAGAGCCACUUGGUGUGCUUUGAGCACUACCCCAUCAAACAGUGGGAGCACAAUGUCAAUUACUACCGCUUCUCUGCUGGCUUCCUCUUCCCCUUCUUCCUGCUGGCCUUCUCUUACUGCGGGAUUUUACGAGUUGUCCACAAGAGUCCCGGCACUCAAAAGAAGAAGAAAAUCCAAAUUAAAAGACUAGUUUCAAGCACUGUUUUCAUAUUUUUAGUUUGCUUUGGACCAUACCAUAUCCUACUUGUAGUUCGUAGCUUGUUGGAGAACAACUGCUCAUUUGCUGAGAAAAUAUUUAAUGUUUAUCACAUUUCUCUCCUGCUGACUACUUUUAACUGUGUUGCUGACCCACUAUUGUACUGUUUUUCCAGUGAAAGCACUUACCAGAACUUUGUCAAGAUGCGAGAUUCUUGUCUAACAUGUUUAGGGCGUCUGAGGACUGAGACAAAGGAAUCCUACCCACUAAACAUUACGGAAACUCCCAACAGGACACAGCAUGAGCAACAACCUGGGCUAUUACAAAUACCACUUGAUGGCACCAGAAUGAAGGACUGCUCUACAGCUAACAUAGGUGGCCUAUAGCAUUAAUCAAGAAAGGACAUUAAUCUUAAAUCUGUGGCUAUGGCUGUGUUUCUGUAUUCAUCUGAAUUAUAUCUUCAUGUAUUACAACAGUGUGACCUCCCGAGGGCUCAUGGGCAAUGCUGUACAGCGAGGUUGUGUCUAGAGGUGCUUGGACCUUGACAACAGUGAGGAAAGCACAUGCCAAGUCAGUUCAGUUACAAUCAUGUCUGUUGAUGUUGCACUACCACUUAAAAAGCUCUUGUCUUGAUGACUGCAUUGACUGGAAUAAGCUGGUACUCAUGGUGUGUGGUUCUAGUGAAUUUG